AUGCAACACCAGCAGCACCACCAAGGUCGAUCUAGCCUGCGAGAUUGCUUGAGUACUUCUAACCCACAAAGCAGACAAACCAUCAUCAAAGGAGAAAUCAUCAUUGUCCAAAGUGAUAAGAAAUCAGGUUCAGGGAGAUCAGCUUCUGUUUGGAUAUACAGCUGCACAGAAGUCGAUCCAAAAACCGGCAAAGGAAAGUUGAGUGAGCAGGCAUACCACCUCAAAUGUGGAAAAACCAAAACAAUUUGUGGUGAGAGAACUAGAACAUAUACUGUCAAGUUCCAUGUUGAGCCAAACUUCGGGACUCCAGGAGCUUUGGUCAUAAGAAACCCAAAGAACAACAGAUUCUUCCUCAAAUAUGCAGCUCUCCAAAUUCAGAACAAUCAGAUUAUCCAAUUCGACUGUUACUCCUGGAUAUACUCGUUCAAAAUGACCAAGAAUUUCGAUCGGAUUUUCUUCUCAAACACCAAGUAUCUCCCAAGCCAAACACCCCAAGCUUUAAUAAAACUAAGGAAGGAAGAACUUAGUAGCUUGAGAGGAAAUGGAAGUGGGGAGAGGAAAGAAUGGGAACGAAUUUACGACUAUGACUACUACAAUGAUCUUGGUGAUCCUGAUAAAGGUGCAGAACACAAGAGACCUGUCUUGGGUGGGUCUGCAUUACUUCCUUAUCCUCGCAGAGGAAGAACUGGUCGCCCUCCAAGCAAUGCAGGUAUAAACAAGUACACCUAUGACUACCGGCCAUGUACCACUAACCUGGAUAUAUAUGUUCCCCUGGAUGAGAGGGUCAGCCCCAAGAAAAAAUCUGAGUUCAUAUCCAAUUCAAUCCAGGGAGCUCUGCAUUUCCUGAUCCUUGAGGGAAAGGGUUCCAAGCAUCUUGAGUCAUUUGAUGAGAUAGACGCCAUGUUUUCUGCAAACGAGAGCCUAGUGAUUGAGGGGUCGCUCAAAGAGAAACUGAAAGCUAUGGUACCAGACGAGUUUUAUAAAACACAUGCAAUCAAGAAAACCUUGAAAUUUCCACUUCCUCAAAUAAUAGCAGAAAUUGAAUUUGCAUGGAAGGACGACGAAGAGUUUGGGCGCCAAAUGCUUGCAGGAGUAAAUCCAGCACGAAUACAAUCUUUGGAGGUAUUUCCACCGCAGAGCAAACAUGGAGCGGUGAGCUCAAUAAAGACGUCACACAUAGAGCACAACCUUGAUGGCAUGACUGUUGCCCAGGCAAUGAACAACUGGAGGAUACUCAUCUUGGAUCACCAUGACUAUCUCAUGCCCUUCUUGAGCAGAAUCAACACAAACGAUGUUUGUAUUUAUGCAUCCCGCACAUUACUAUUUCUGAAGAGUGAUUCCACGCUAAGGCCACUGGCAAUUGAACUUAGUUUACCAGGCUCAGGAGGUGAUGAGAUCAAUCAGGUACUUGUUCCAGCUAGUCAAGGUGAAGCAGCAGCACUGUGGCACUAUGCUAAGGCUCUUGUUUCAGUUAAUGACUCUGUAUAUCAUCAACUGGUCAGUCAUUGGUUGCAUACACAUGCAGUGGUCGAGCCGUUCAUCAUCGCUAGUCGAAGACAGUUGAGUGUGAUGCAUCCAAUCCAUUGGCUAUUAGAUCCUCAUUUCAAAGACACCAUGCACGCGAAUGCACUGGCUCGGAGCAAACUCAUCAACUCUGGAGGAAUCUUUGAGAAGAUAUUGUUUUCGGCUGAAAUCUCCAUGCAGCUGUCUGCUGAGUUAUACAAAGAGUGGAGAUUUGAUGAGCAAGCCCUUCCUGCUGAUCUACUUAAAAGAGGUAUGGCCUUUGAAGUUCCAGAUCCAGAAAACCCCACUGGGAUUCAGCUUCUGUUCCAGGACUAUCCAUAUGGCGCGGAUGGACUUGAGAUAUGGACAGCCAUCCAGGCAUGGGUCACAGAUUUUUGCAUGCUAUUCUAUACUGAUGAUGCUUCUGUAAGAUCUGAUGAAGAACUCCAAGCAUGGUGGUCAGAAAUUCGAAAUGUGGGCCAUGGUGAUAAGCGCAAUGAGACAUGGUGGUAUCAAAUGACAUCAAGGAAGGAUCUAAUCCAAGGUUUGACAACUCUGAUAUGGAUUGCAUCGGCCCUUCAUGCUUCAGUGAACUUUGGGCAAUAUGCGUUUAAUGGUUAUCCUCUAAAUCGCACCACACUAUGCCGAAGGUUCAUUCCCCUGGAAGGAACGAUUGAGUAUGCUGAGUUCUUAAGGGAUCCAGACAAAUACUAUCUCAACAUGUUGCCUGAAAGAGCUGAGAUGAUCUUGGGUAUAUCACUAGCAGAGGUACUCUCACAACACACAUCUGAUGAAGUGUAUUUGGGCCAGAGGAUAUCAUCACAAUCAAUAAAGAAUGAAGAGGUUGGCCAGAAGUUUGAAAAGUUCAACAGAGAACUUCAAAAUAUAGAGAAAAGAAUUGAGGACAAGAAUGCUGAUGCCAAUCUUAAAAACAGACAGGGCUGUGCCAAGAUGGCUUACAUGCUUCAGUACCCUGGUACAUCCAAUGUUGAAUCCAAGGGGGGCAUCAUGAGAAAGGGGAUUCCUAAUAGUAUAUCCAUUUGA